AUGCCCUGCAGCAGCACGGAUGAGGGUGCAUGGAAUGGCUCUCUGGCGAGCAACUCACUGGAUUCGGAGGACCAGCGUGCUGUGGUUGUAAGCCGCAGGAGCACCGGCACCAGCAGGCCACGUCAUCGACAGGGUUGGGAGGACUGCAUGGUGAAACCUUGUGCUCGUAGAAUGAGGUGCGAUAUCUCAUCAGUAACGGCAGCUGGCGUGGAUGACAACAGCCUUGUAUCUCUCCACCAUGAAACUGACGUUUCGGAGGGCGCGCACGGCGCAGUAGAAUGUACAGCUCUUGCUGGUGCAGGUUCCAGCGCCUCAGGACAUGUAGUUCCUCCACUCGGACCGGUCCAGAUGCAGCUUGCGAAAGCGGCGGGUGCUGCUGCUGCUGCUGCUGAUUCACGUGCUGCGCAGAAGCAGAGGAAUGGAGAGGGGGGCAGCAGCGAUGGAGACAGCGAUCGUGACUUCUUCACGCCUCUGUCGUCUCCUCAGAGAGACCUGCCUGCACCGUCUCUGCCGCUGACUGCUCCUCUGCGAGGGGAUGCGUCAGAGCAGCAUUCUCGGCUUUCUCCCGCGGAGGGGGAGGAAGGAGGCUCUAUGCUUCUCGGCCGUAACGACCACAGCCAACUGAAGAGCACAAGCACUAGCUGUCUGCCUGUAGCACAGGAAUGCAGACUGCUUUUGGGCCGCUUUCCUCUGAGGAGGCGUUUCAUGUCUGCGGAUUGCGGCACCUCCUACGCACAGCAACAGCAGCACACGGAUGCGCAACGCGUAGCUGCAGUGAGCACUGUUGCUGGUUUACAGCUCCUAGCGAAGACUACCGUAGCCGGCGAAGCUACGAAGGAGAGGAUGGCAAUGGAACGCAGGAUAUCCAGAUCUCCCCUGCCGAGUCGACGCUGCCUACGGAGGGCCUUCUUGCACCGGCAGCAGCCACAGCAGAUGCACUGGCUGCAUUGCCAGCAGCGGCAGCUGCAGCACCAGCAGCAAAGACUGCAUCGUGAACCGUCAGACGAAGACAUCAGGAUGCCCCUAGUUCCCCCGCCAGUAUCAUUGUCACCUCUUCUCGUCAGCACACGCGGGGGGCCCCCAGCGCUGCGUUCUCUGCAGUUUCCCGCUGCUGCGAAUCCUCCUGCAGUGAGUGGUGCACCAGGCACGGAGGGGGAAGAGGCGCUGCCUCCGAACUCAUCUGCCACCGACGACACCCCUGGGAGGCUGCAGCCGGACAAACGCAUGAGUUUCACGUUCAUAACUAGUCAGUCGCAGGCAGAAGAGCAACAGUCAUGCCAGGAUGGAGCACAGUCUCACUGUCGUGAAGACGAGCCACUGCUGCGCCAGCGAGACGAGGAGGAUGACCAGAAUGAAGGGCUUCAGGGGAUCAAGCGCCGUCGCUUUUCGCUGGAAACAUGCGACGCUACAUUCACUUUUCCGUCUGUGCAAACGGCUGCUGCGGUUGCUUCUCCGAAGGCAAACAACCGCGAUACUGUGGGGCUGCAGCCACAGCAGCAGCGGCAUGCACAAAUGAACUGCGUUGAAGCACCUGCGUGUGAGGAAGAGGUUGACUUUGGCAGCUACAGGAAGCGGAAGAGAGGGGGAGACUGCAGCGCACGGCUGCUGUUGAUGCUGCAGCCUAAUGGAGCGGCCGCAGCGGAUGCAGCUUUGCUGGACGUCCUUGGAACCGCCUUGACUGCAGAGGAGACGCGUGAAUUGCGUAUGAAACAGCAGAAAGAGGCAGAAGCAGCUGCAGCUGCUGCGGCGGAGGCUGCAGCUCAGGCCAAGGCGGCAGCAGCAGCUGCUGCUGCCGCCGAGGCAAAGGCAGCUGAGGAAGCCCAAGCAGCAGCGCAGCGCUCGCAGACAGAAGGUGAAAAGGCUCAGCCUCCUUCGGCCGUUUCUGGGGAAGCAGGAGAUACCCGCAGCAGCACAGUGCUCCGAUCUCCUGCUCCUCUGACUGUCGCUGCAGCACUUCCCGUAGGAAGCAGUGCCGCCAUAUCGUCUCCUAUUUUCGGAUCUGCGAGUUUAUCGCAGUCUGCGCGGCCAGCGCAACAGCAGUUGCUGCAGCAGCCCCAACAGCAGCAGGGGCAGCAGCAGCAGGUGCAGCAGCAGCAGGGGCAGCAACAAGUACAGCAGCAGCAGGGGCAGCAGCAACCACAGCAGGGAUCUGGUGUAAACGGCGCAACUGCUGAGGAAUUUACCUCUAUGCAUGGUCGGCCAAAAUUGCGCAUCCGUCGGGCGAAUGCAGCUCCCCCAGCAACGACACCAGGCAUUUCAGCAGUUUCCGAUUCGACGCUACGGUUUCAGCAGCAGCAGAUAAGCAGCGUGAAUCCUGCGUUCGGUCAGCCUAUGCCGCAACAACUGCAAAUGGAUGUGCAACGUUCUCUAUUUCAACUACCCCAGCAACCGAAGCAGCCAUCACAGCAGCCAUCACAGCAGCCCCCACAGCAGCAAGCAGUAAACGGCCUGGGUUUGGGUUUGGCAGAAUUCGGCCCUACAGUUUCAGAAGUACCUGACGCAGGCAACAACCCAUUCGCUUUCGUUGCGAGCAGGAGCCGAGGUCGGGGCGGCCGGCGGGGUGGUAUGAGGCGGCGGUAA